AUGAAGUAUCUGGGCCUCAUCCUGGACGGUCGAUGGAGCUUCGGGCAGCAUUUUGUCCAUCUCGGCCCGAGGCUCAUCAACGCCGCCGCCGCUCUCGGCCGCCUCCUUCCGAAUGUGGGGGGGCCGGGAUCGCUAUGCCGGCGUCUAUAUUCCGGUGUAGUGAGGUCGAUGGCGCUGUACGGUGCCCCGAUCUGGGUCGACGCCCUCACCGCUGACAACCGGGCCCUGCUGCGUAAGCCGCAGAGGGUCAUAGCGGUGAGAGGCAUCAGAGGGUACCGUACGGUGUCGUGGGCUGCGGCGACACUUCUCGCGGGCGAUCCGCCCUGGGAGCUCCAGGCGGAGGUGCUCGCGGAAGCUCUGGGGAUCAUAAAUGAUGCCUUAGAGCCACCCUCAGCCACGUACUUCCUGAGGGAAGCUGCCUUUUAG